ACCCUAGCGGCCGCUUUUCGCUGGGCAGCGUGGUGACUGUGGACGCCGGUGAAGCGCCGUCGGUUUAUUUCGACAGAAUUGUGUCCAAACGUUUAAGAUUCACCUGAAAAUGCCUUGUCGAAAGGAGAACUACAUUUUUUUGGAGCAGUCCGUGACCGUCGAUUCUAAAGAGGUGGACGCUCUUGUAACAAAAAUCGGCGAAGCUCUUCAGCUGCACAACAAUAGCGCUACACAGCAGACGAUGUCGCGUCUCCACGGUCUGACCACCACCACCACCACCACUAGCAGCAGCAGCAGCAACAACAACAACAGCAGCAGCAGCAGCAACGGCAAGCAGAGCAACAACAGUAACACUGCCAGCGUACAGAAGAGAAAUGGCUGCUGUAUACGUCUCCGUAGCGGCCGAAAAGCAACCCGAGCAAGUCCAUACAAUAUACCCGGCUCCAGCGAUCAGGAAUGGGACCAUUUCGCAACGUGGAACCGAAAGGGACUCGACGGUACGGGUAACGAGGACAACCCCCACCAGCUACUCCAGGAACUCAUCUUAUCUGGGAACCUCAUUAAAGAAGCGGUCAGACGACUCCAGUUUUCAUCCGAGUCGCAACGCGAUUUCUCUAAGCACAUCGACUGACAUUGUGAGGCAUUAUCCAGCUAGCGGACAGGAGAGUGUCGUGGUGGAUUAAGUCACACUGUCUGAUCUCCUCGGCUAACCUGGUUAACUGGAUAACCAGCGAGUUUGUGAGCUAUCACGACAAUAUUCAUACAUUUCUUUUCUGGGAGUUUAUAUUUUAAAAAACGAACCUUACUUAAAAAAAACAACGAUGUUGGAUUAAAAAAACGAAACUGUAACGUUAUUUCGACUGUUAGCUAUAGCGUUGUUUUUGUUUGAAACGUGACUAAACGUUCCAAGUCUGUCACUAGCACGCGCACUGAGUCUGAGUGUCUGCUUUUGAUUGAAAUGUAAACGGCAAGUUAUUAUUUGUCCUUAACUCCACACGUAUUGUGUUUAACAUUGUGUGUGUGUGUGGCUUUUUUCUUUUUUUCCUUUUUUUUUAAUGGUAUUCCUGUUUGCAGGCUAGUAGACCAAAUGGUCGUUGCACCAUGUUUGGGUAGCAAGUAAGAGGUUAGCAUUGUGCCCUUGGCGUGCUACCUUUGUUUACAGUCUUGCUAUCAGUAGCUUGGUCUGGGGAUGGGCCACUGGUACUUACAAACACACUCUCCCCACAAGAAAACCCUCUUCUCACUGAACAAAUAAGGUACUUCAUUGUCUGUAUUUGGGCUUUUCAAGCUGUUUUCUACUCCCACGUGGACCUCUCCAUCAAGUCUCUCUGGAAACACAGGAACUGUUCAGUUAUUUUCAAGAGAAGAUCACUUUGUAAUGGGAGAGGAGUGUAAGAGACGCAGAGAUCUUCACAUCAGACUCUGGUGCUUUGAGAAUUCCUCUAUGGAGUUCGUAUGUGUCUCUGCUUUCUCUCUUAAUGUCUGUAUGCUUCGUAACGAAGUCAUUUUAACAGCCCUGACUUUUUCAGGCAGUUUGGUCUAUAAUAAACACGGUGGAUUUUUUUUCA